GGUUCCGCGAAAAGCACUGAAUGGCGUUUGAAAAAUUAUUUACUGUUUAGCCGUUGGCUGGAACGGAACGCGUCGCAAAGUGCGGAAAAUCAUCGCAAUCGGAGUUCGUUCGCCCAGACCUCCUAACCGGGAAUUGUGUGACCUGUUCGAGAAUGAAACGGUCCCGACUCUGAUAAGAAACGGUAACCCAAACAAUGAAAGUGAAAUUAUCGGCUCCCCAUGCGGUAGAAUGUGCAGAACGAUGAAAAGUGGCUCCAUUGCAGAACCCUACGAAGAGUUUGGAUGAAAAUUGUGUCAACUGCUUUUGCUGCUCGGAUCGAACGAGUUGUGCGGGCUGAUAAGUGCAAACCUGAAAGAUUUCCAUUUAGAGUAUUAUCGUUUUCGUUGCAAACCAGAGUUCAACCCAUAUAAAUAUGGUCAGUCCAACUGCCAGAAUAGUGAUAAAGUUUGUUGAAUUAUUAGGAUGUGUGGCGUGUGUUAUUGCUAAAAUCAUCACCGAUCACGAAGCGCGCAGAGUUUUUGUGAGGAAUCAGAAAUUAUCUAGAGAAUGGAGUCUGAUACACAACGUCACCUGGAGCACCGGGGGCAACGCAUUUACCAAUAUUGUUUACGGCGGCUACACGAUAGUCAUCGCACUCAUGUUAAUCACAAGGUGUGUGGACGCCAAAUCACGACCGAACCUGUUCGAGAAAAUCGUUCUUUCUUUAGGAACACUAUUGUUCUUCGCUGCCGGUGGCCUGGUUUUCGCUUCGAUAGAUCAAGUACAUCCGGAUCUCCAUGACAACGCAAUCAUUCUUGGUUGUUUAUCGUUUUUGGUAGCGAUUCUGUUUAUAAUCGAUUUGGCAGAUCCGCUAGCCCGAAUGACUGCUCACACUACUCAAACCGACAGCUCCUCACUGGCGGGCGUGUCUCGCGCGUCGGACAUUGAAAAAGAUUCCCUGAAGAAAGACGUCUCCACCGAUACGGAAUCUCCCGUCUAUUUGGUGUCCAAGGACCGGUACGGAGAUAUGAAUGGACCUGAACGAACGCAGUUUUACAACGGAAAUGUUCCGGAUCAUAGGCGCAGUUACAGAGACAGGAUGGAACCCGAAAGACAAAGCUAUCGCGAAAGAACCGAACAACAGCGGCGCCACAGUUACCUGGUCAGAGAUGAGCCGGACCAACGCAGCAUGGAAUCAAUCGUGGAACGAAAGGUGCUUCCCUCUGUUCAGACUCCCGUUUUCGCUCACGUGCGAGCUCCGGAGGAGAGUCGUCGAAUAGCGGGAAAAGAAAUACAAUAUUUACCACGGUACGACUACCGUGAUCGGCGGGAGUACCGCGAUGCCGGACCAUACUCCAGCCGACAGCAUCUUCACCCGCAAUCAUCACCGAAGACAACGUCCUAUCACGAUAAUGAAUCCUUCGAGGAGGAAAUCACCCCCUCGCGGCGCAGCACCUAUGUCCCGGCGGACAAGUUCGACAACGACGUGGUGCAGAUUAGUGCCCGACCGAGACCUCCACCACCGGCAAAACCCGUAACGACACCGGCCCAUGGAUCGGGUGGCUCGGGGUCCAGCUGCAGUGGCUGCCAUUGCUCUCCGAAAAGUUCCCCGCCCAAACGAAAUGGGGUCCAGCUGCCUAAGGACGAACCCGACAUCCCCAUCAAACGCGGCUAUGUGGCGAGUGCUGCGCGGAAGUGGGACGAUCGAUUGCGUAGCAAAAGUCAGCCAAUCAUUGGUCUGAAUACGAUGGUGUAGUUUGUAAUAAUUUUUUAUUGAUUAGUUUGUAGUUUUAUAACGAAAUAAGCGUUUUCUUCGAUACAAUUCUAGGUAGUGUAAACUGGAAAAAAUAAAAGAACGUUUUUUAAUA